AUGCCUGGCAUGGCUGGUUCAGACGGACCCUCCGUCUCGCUUUCAUUCGCGAACAAUUUCUGGGGCAAGGAAGAUGCUGGCGUCGGCCCCCUCCUAGAUCGCAUGCACAGUGCCAAAGUCACCAGCGAUGAACUGAAGGGCUUCUACUCCGCCCGAGCCGCCAUCGAAGAGGAAUAUGCGAAGAAGCUUCUUAAUCUGGCUCGGAAGCCCCUUGGAUCAAGCGAAGGCGGUACUUUGCGAAUGUCGCUGGAUGUCGUGCGCGGUGAAGUCGAAUCGAUGGGAAAGGCCCAUCAGACAAUCGCUGGCCAGAUGAAGAGCGAGCUCGAGGAACCACUUCUCGCGUUCACUGGUGGAAUCAAAGAGCGGAGGAAGAUUAUACAAAAUGGAAUUGAGAAGCUUCUCAAAACCAAGAACCAACAAACGGCGACUGUGAACAAGGCGCGGGAUCGCUUCGAGCAGGACUGCUUGAAGAUCAAAGGAUACUUGGCACAAGGACACAUGGUCAUGGGUCAAGAGGAGCGCAAGAAUAAGGCCAAGUUGGAGAAGACACAAAUCCAAAUGUCAAGCAACAGCAGUGAGUAUGAAGCUGCAGUGAAAGUACUGGAGGAGAGCACGGGACGAUGGAACAGAGAGUGGAAGGCCGCAUGCGACAAGUUCCAGGACCUGGAAGAAGAGCGACUCGACUACUUCAAGAGCAGUCUGUGGAGCUUUGCAAAUAUUGCUUCAACUGUCUGUGUCAGCGAUGAUCAAUCUUGCGAAAAGAUGCGACUGUCGCUCGAGGACUGCGAAGUUGAAAAGGACAUCAGCUCAUUCAUCAAGGACUACGGUACUGGUCAAGAGAUCCCGGAUCCUCCCAAGUACAUCAACUUCUGCCGAGGUGAUCUUGACGACAUCAUCUCGAACCACGAGUCGGAUGACGAUAAUUACGCAGUCGCUCAAUUCCAGCGAACGAUGAACCCGACUUUCAGAAGCUCAUCGCCUCAGCCAAGCACACUCGAGUCACACCACGAUCCGGAUUCCAGCCUACGCGAAGAGAUGGGCAUCCCCAAAGCACGAGCAUCAUUGCAGGGCGAUGAAUCUUUCACUGCUGCCGCUCGCAGUUCUCAUGGAAGUGCAGCACCGGCACCACUCGCCCCCAGCCAGGCUUCAGCCCAGACAAACCCUUACGGGGAUCCAUAUGCCGACGCACCCAAGAUCCCUCACAACCCAUAUCCUACCGAUGGCAUGACACAAUUCUGUAGGCCGGGUGCGCCAUCGGAGAGAAGCUCGAAUCCAUCGCCCGUUAGACCAGGCAGCCGCGACAGCCAGGAACACAGCGACUACUCCCAACCCACUUCGUUCUCUAGCUUUGAACCAAGCAGCGGAAAUGUAUCGCCUACAAAGCACUACAACGGAUCCAACAUAUCCGGCGUGUCUAGCAUAUCAGGCAUGUCGAAUGGCCCGCCUGAGGAGAAGUCGGUCCAAAAGAAGAAGAGCGGCUUCUUCCAGUCGCACAGCCCGUUCAGACGACGCAGCCAGAAGAGCAAGGAUAACAUCCAGCAGCCGCACUCCGGUAUGCCAACUCCGACUGCUCGCAAUACUUGGACGCCUGCAACGACUCGCAACGCUGAAAGUGCUGGAAACAGCCCGACCAAGGCGUUUGGAGCCGGCAACAGGUCCAGCACGUGGAACAAGCAGCCUUCUGUCAGCCCAGAUCCAGAUGUCGACCCUCGCGCUGACUACCAACUUGGCAUUGGCAAUAACGUCUUCGAUGUCGCCUCGCCAGCCUCGCGAAGGAAGCCGGAGCCCCCAAAGAAGGAUGAGCCAGACCUUGACCCCAUUGCGCAGGCCUUGGCCGAAUUGAGAGGCGUUGCGAAACAGGCGUCUGUACGUCAGUCUGCGGAUCGUCACUACGGCAUGUCUACGCCUGCACCAGAUUCGGUUCCCACGCCCUAUGCAAACAGUGGCAACAGAUCAACGCCGCCACCGUCGUAUAACCCUCCAGUGAGCCGCUUGGGUGCUCCUCAGCCGGCACAUACAAAGCGAGACAUGCAGAAAACUACGGAGCAAUUCGUUGCCAAGAACCGUAAUAUGUUCAAUACCGGCACAUCCAGACCCGGUAGCAGCAUGGGCAGGCAAGAGCCUCCUCGAGCCGCCUCACCUCAGCCACCUCGAGCGACUAGCCCUAGGCCUUUUGUGAAUGGAGACCAGCGACAGCAGCCGUAUCGCGCUACGUCGCCUAACCCAUACGGCGGGCUUCCCACGACCGGCGCCGCAAGACCACGUGCACAGUCGACAAGCCCAGUAAAGCCUGCCGCAGCGUAUGGCAGCUACGCCGGACGAGGGGGCUCGCCGGGAUACCAAGUCCCACGCGCGACCUCCCCCAACCCGGCAUACGCAAGACCUGUGGGAGGAUCGGCGCCGAACAGCAGUCGCCCACCCAGCAGCCGUGGCUCUGAUCAUGGUGGUGGCGGAAAUGCCAUGGUUCUCGCACCCGCAGGCCAAGAUCCAUACGGUUCGCAACGGGGAGGCAGACCGCAAAGCCAGUACUACCCGAGUGACAGCUACGGCAAUAACACCGUCUCGGCUCGAGUGCGCAGCCAGAGUCAGGGAACGCAGAGACAGGUGACGAAGGAUGGUAGACCGAUUUUGCAUUACGCACGCGCAAUGUACAUGUACCAAGCCGCCAUCCCAGAGGAACUCUCCUUCGCCAAAGGCGACAUCCUCGCCGUAACACGCCACCAAGACGACGGUUGGUGGGAGGCCGAAGUCGUGGGGAAGAACAGCCCGCUGGGUCUUGUGCCUAGCAACUAUCUGAAGAACUGUUAG